CCCACUUAGCCUUUAUUAGUAGGAUAGUUAAAAUGGAUUCUGUUGCCCUGCUCAGGUUUUAAAAGAAGCAGAGUAGAAUUUUUCCUUCCCUUUGUAUGUAAUAAUACUUUUCAAACAGAAAUCAGUGAUGUCUUCUGAAAAUGUAACUAACAAACGUCAUCAUAACCCAGUGGACAGCAUUUGCCGAAAGAUCAAGACUAUCCAGAUGAUGGACCAAGUCCCUAAUCCUGCUUUACAGAUCCCAAAGUUUCAGUCUAGGAACUUUGACAGCCCACAGACUAACAUCAAGAAAAACUUAGAGGAGAUAUUGAAGAAAAGAACGUUUAAAAGUCAUGAGGCUACUGGGCCAUAUUACCUAAGCCCCAGUAGUGAUAAUAUUUUCUCUCCAUGUCCGCAGGCCACAGGCCACAGACGAUGCAAGUCUGACUUCCCCACUGGCAAUGCAACCUAUUCAAUUGGUAAAACUAAAGAGAAGACCAGAAAGUCAUGGCUACCAAUGUGCCAAGUUGAGAGUUCUCCACCCCUUCUCAAAAGCGAAGAGGCUAACAUCCGUAUGGGUCAACUAUCUGCAGUUUCCAAUGUCAAAUGUAAAGACUUGACUUGUAAGGAUAACUACCUGACAUCAAGUCCAAACUUGCCUUUCUUAACAACAGUCCAAAAGGCAGAAUGUUUUGCAUUCCAAUCUCCAGUGGUGAAGAGACUGUCUUUGAGUGAAAGAGGAUGGAGACUGUCAUGGGCGAAUAAUGCUGACAACACCUAUGAUGUGAGCUUGAUCUGUGAAGAAGACUUGUUGACCACUAUCUUCUGUGCAUGUGAUACAGAACGCAGAGGAAAAGUAGCUGUUUCCAAGAUAGUUGAUUAUCUGAGACAUACGACUAGCCGGGGGUCAGAAGACAGUGGUCUUGAAGAGCUGUGCAACAUGCUUGAUCCUGAUAAAAGGGACAUCUCGAUGGACCUGGAAACAUACCAUGCUAUCAUGAAAGAGUGGAUCGACGACUGUAAAAGAAAAUGGGAAGAUACCACUAAGGAGACAACAAAUACAGAAGAGUCUGUGUUUAAAUUGCAUGAGAGCAUUCUAACAGCAAAAAAGACUCCGGCUAGGAUAAACAUUACAUCAGGAAGUUUAGAGGCCUUAGGUGGAGAGGUGUCCAAAGGAGACCUGGAGACAUCUGACUUGAUUACCUGUGUAGCAGACCUUCAGUUCAAGAAUCAGAAACUUCAAGAGGAGAACUGCAAACUAAAGAUGGCAGUUGAAGCAUUGGAGGAUACCAAUAAUAGGCUAAUGGAGGACAAUGAGGAUCUAAAUAAUCAAGUAAAAAGUGCCCAGCAGACUGUUAUGAGAGCUAAAUCAUUAAAGGAGGAACUGGAAGAAAUGAAAAUUAGCCUGAACAUCUCAGAAGAGAAAAGAUGCAAUAUUGUGACCCAGCAUAAACAGCUAGAAAAAGAGAAUCAGUCUCUCAUCAUCAAGAUUUCUUCUCUUCAGGAAGAGAAUAUUAGGAAUGCCUUGGAUACAGAUGGCCUUCAGAAGAAGAUUGUGGAGCUAUCCAAAGGUGCAGCUGAGCUCCAAAUGCGAGUGCACCUUUAUGAGAACACUGUGGUGAAUAAAGAUGCCAGUCUAUUGAAGAGAGAUUUGGACAUCCAAGAACUGAAGUCUACCAUUGUGGAAUACUCCUCUGUAAUCGAGACAUUACGGGUGGAAAAAAAUAAACUGGUAAAUGAUAUGCAACAAAUGCAGCAAGAGCUGAUUUCAAAUGGCAUAGACUUCCCACUGAUAUACAAAUUUAACAGCAGCAUCCUUGAAGGGACAAAUUCAUUGCACAGUGAAUUGGCACUUGCUCAACAAUCUAUAGAGCUCGCUGGAAUUGAAUGGGCGGCUUUGGACGAAACAUUGGACCGAGAGGUGCUAUUGUUACUGCAAGGGCCUGAACAAAUGGGAGAAAACUUUAAGGCUACCAUCCAAAAACUGCAAGAGGAAGCCUCUGAAGCAGAGGAACUUGUUGUGACCACUUUGCAAUGGGUAGCAGAUCCUGAGGUGAAUGUGAGCGAGACUUGUGAAAAAAAGCUUGUGGACCUCAAGCAAGUGCUAGAAGAGAAGAUAAAUCGCUGGAUUAAAAAGCUCCAUCUUUUAGAAGAACACAGAGAAUCCCUGGAUAAAGAGUAUGUUAGAAUGGCAGGAAAUCUGAGGAGAAUAAGAACAGAGCAGCUUCACUUCAGGAAAGAGCUCUCUUCCAGACAACAUGAGUUACAAGCUGCCAAACAGUUGCAAGAAGAGGCUGUCAGUCGGGCAGAUGUUCUUGGCUUGCAGCUCCAAGAAGCUACCAAACAGUUGGAAGACUCCAGCAAACAGGUUAAGGAUCGAGAUGGGGCACUUCAUUCUGCCUGGGAAGAAGUCAGCUCUUUGCGAAGUGUGUUAGAGGAAGCCAUUUCUGAGCAGAGAACCCUUCAGGCUAUGAAUACAGCUUUAAUGAGCUCUUGCCAGACACUUCAGGAAAAAGAUAAAGAGCAGAAAACCGCUGUUAACACACUGAGAGAGAAACUGUUUAAGGGGCAACUUUGUGGAUUGCUGUGUCAGCACCUUUGCACCUUCAAAAGAUUUGUGGGCCAAGAAGCAGGUCAGGGCACUGGACUUCCCAAGACACCCUCCUUGAGAUACUCAUGCUGGUAUUCUACACCUCUGCUAGAUGCUCUGGCCUUGGAAAUCCUACAGCUGAAUCCACGAGUGUGCACAAGCAGUGAUCUCACAUGUGUAGCAACCAGAGCUCGUUCUACGUUUGAAAGGGAGGAUCUGAAAAAUGGGUCUACUUUGGACGUGACGCUGGAGGGACACAAGUGGAAGAUACGCUCUGUUGGUAACCAGACUGACGCAGGUUGUGUUGCCUCCUCUACUACAAUGGACUCUCUAUUUACUGAGGAGAGUAGUGCUUUGCCUUUAACAUUGGAUAAUCCAGUCUUGUCCAGUGAACAUUCAACACCAUCCCAAGAAGAAGAUAUUACAUCUUCUUUGGAGAGCGCUAUAUCAACUGAAUUGCUCGCCAUGGAGACACAAUUGUCUGAGGCUUCAUGGGCAAAAGAUGAAGACACAUCAACCUGUAUAGCAAUGAAGAAAAAUAAAGAUAAGGAUCUGAAUGAUAAUGUAUCAGGUACGGAUCUGACGACUCAAAGUGAAUUUUGCCCCAUCAUGGAAAAUUACAAAACUACACCUGAAAAAGAAUUACAGCUAGAUCUGGAGACAGAUGAGGAAAUGGAAGCUAUUAAAGAGCAGAGUGAACAAGUGUCUGCUACAGUUUCUGGUAGAAAAGGGGAUUCUUCUCCCACUAUGACUGGCCUUAAAGUGACUAAAACCAAACAAAAUGACAAUGUUUCUCCUAACGAGAAGGAGAUGGAGGCAGAGUUUCUCAGAGUGUCUCUGGGCUUUAAAUGUGACUUGUUCACCUUGGAUAAGCGAGUGAGGCUUGAAGAAAGGUCCCGAGAUUUGGCUGAAGAAAACUUGAAAAAGGAGAUCAUGAAUGGGCUGAAGCUGCUGGAGUGUCUAGCACCUUUGUGUGAUGAAGAUAACCAAGCACAGGAGAUCAUUAAGAAGCUGCAGAAAAGCUUGCAGUUCCUUAGCCAGUAUGCUGCCAGACUUGCUAGUAGAGCAGAGAUGUUGGGAGCCAUUAAUCAGGAGAGCCGUGUCAGUAAGGCAGUAGAAGUGAUGAUUCAACAUGUGGAAAACUUGAAACGCAUGUAUACAAAAGAGCAUGCAGAACUUGAGGAGUUGAAACAGGUCUUGCUACAAAAUGAAAGAUGCUUUCACUCCUUUGGGGAUCAAGAUGAAUCUACAAAUAAAAAACUUCCAAGUUCUCUCAACUUCAAGCCAACAUCAUCCCUACGAAGAGUCAGUAUUGCAGCAUUGCCCAGGAAUAUUGGAAACGCUGGUAUUGGUUUGCCGCUGGCUCAAUUAUAUGGAACUGAUGGAAAUGAAAGAAGUGACAAAUUCAACAGACGAUCAAGCAGUUGGGGCCGACUGGGAUCAAAACAAAAUGAGAAGCGUCCUUCAUUGCGACGAUUCAUUAGCACGUAUUCCUGGACAGAGUCUGAGGAAGAACAGUCUGAAACAAAAACCGAACAGUCAGAACCACCAGUUGAAGAAAUACAAGAAGACAAAGCAAGGAAGAUAAGUGUUACCGAAAGGGGGAAAAAUCCCUCAAAAUGGACUCUAGGAUCAGCUUGCAACAUAAUGUCAUCGUGGGCAUCUCAUCUGAAGACUUCCUUCUCCAAGGCUAACAAAACUCUCUGGAUUUCUCUUACCAUCAUUGUACUCCUUGCUGCAUUCACAAGCUUCCUCACAGGUCUCUCUCUCCAAAGACCUGCAGAUGCUGCCCCUGUGGGAACUGGAAGUUCCUGGACAUCACUACAACAACUGCUGUGGCCAUAUACUGAACUUCAACACAAUGGACCACCACCAGUAUAACACACAAUCUGUAUUUUAAUUUGUAAAUCUUUUUUUUUCCCCUAGACUUCCUGUUUUGACUCCAAUUUUUGUGUUUUAUAUCAACUAGUGUAAACAUAGCUCUCAAGUUUAGAAUUAGUUUAACUUUCUAAUAUGAUUUGAGGUAGUAUAUUUAAAAUCAUUUAUUUUUGAAGCUUUUUAGACUAUACUUAACUUUUCAAUGGUAAAACAUUUUGAAGCACGAUUUGGAAAUGCAACUUCCCCCUCUGACAAUAGAAGACUAUCUUCCCAAAUGUCUGAAUCCUGUUUAAGAUUAGAACAACUUAAAAAAUAGCCAUCUCUCCUUUUUGAAGUUUGUAAUAAAUGGGUCUAAAUGUGUAGUUACUAGAAAGUAAAGAAUUUUAUUCACAAAAACAAACUUAUGCAUUUUUAGGCAUUUAAAAAGCUGUUUUGAUUUGCAUGUGAAAUGACAGACAUCAAAGGUAAUUUUAUUGAUCAAGUUCUUGAUGCUCAAUAAAGUUAAUUUAAAAUA